GCAUAAGCUUUCAUGAGCUAAAACCCAUGCAUCCAAUGAUUAACAUGGCUACCACUCUGAAACCUGUAUACAACUAUGUUUCAGAAUGUUUUUAAGAUUUAAAAAAAAGGAAAAGUUUUAUUUACCUAAAAAACUGCAAACUUAAUUUUUUGCACAGAUUUUUCACUGUAUAUAUUUUUUGCUAAUCAGCCCUGAUAAAUUCCUGGGAAACUUUAAACAAGAUAAAAACUGAAAAUGAAGGGCCUUGUGUAUUCAGUACAUCUAGUUAUCGAUGAACACAUUUUUUGCCUUUCGCUGAUGAAAAGACUCUAUACUAGAGACUUGUUUUUCCAUGUCUGCUUGUCCUGGUGAAUAUCUGAUUGCUAUUGACCAAUGCAAAAUGCUUUCAAAGAGCAAAGCUUUUUACCUUUGGAAUCAACCAGGUGGCAUAAAAGAGCAGGUUUGGUUGGGAUGUUCCUGUGAUCCUGCGAAAUUCAGAAGAAAUAGAAUCCAGCGUAAGAGUAUCCAAAAAGCAGAUGAGACAAGUGAAGAAUCCUUUUGGCUUAGAAAUUCCGCAUCCUGCUGCAGUUUCCAUAACAAGGGGCAUAACACUGACACCUGAUUGUCUGGAAAACUGUAUCCUUACAUGCUACUGGGGGUGCAGUGUUCAAAAACUACACGAAGCUUUGCGGAAACACGUCUAUUGCUUCAGAAUAAAGACUCCUCAGGCACUAGAAGAUGCUCUCUACAGCGAAUACGUGUAUCGACAGCAGUAUUUCAUUAAAAAAACUGACAAGGAAGAAAAAUACUGUCAGUUGCCAGAAGAUGCUCAAAUUGCAGGCUUUGGCCCAGUGCCUAGAUCUCGUUACCCACUGGUAGCUUUGUUGACUUUAGCUGACGAAGAUGACAGAGAAAUAUACGACAUUAUUUCAAUGGUAUCUGUAAUUCAUAUUCCCGAUGAGAGUUACAGACUUCCCUGCAGAAUAUUAUAUCAGUAUCUGCUUCUGGCCCAAGGUCAAUUUCAUGACCUUAAGCAACUCUUCAUGUCUGCAAGCAACAGUGUCCCGCCCUUGAGCAAUGCCUCUGGAGAGAGCAGCGCUGACAAAAGCUUGCUGGAAAAGGUUGGACUGGCCGAAGUUGAAUCAGACUUACAUGAUGAAAACAGUAAAGACUGUGUCGUCUGCCAAAAUGGAACAGUGAACUGGGUCCUCCUGCCCUGCAGGCAUACGUGUCUGUGUGAUGGGUGUGUGAAAUAUUUUCAACAGUGUCCAAUGUGUAGGCAGUUUGUUCAAGAAUCUUUUCCACUUUGCAGUAAAAAGGAGCAAGAUCAAGAUGAACCUGAACACAUUUUCCAGGAUGUUCCCCAUGGAGCAGACUUUUAGUGGAAAGCCAAGAAUUAUCAAGUUGUACCCUCAAAUGCGUGAUGUAGAACUUAAAGCAUUUUCUGUCCAUGGGAGGAUCUGCAGUGUAACUUUAUGGUUUUGCUGUUAGUUACUAGACCAAUUUAAGCAUCCUUUUCACGUCCGCACUGCAUACCGUUACUGGAACGCUGCAUAUGCACUGGUAAUAUGGACAGAAGACGUGUGUAGGAGAUGUGUGAAGAAUGAGUUUUUUGAUAACUGUCGACUGGAUGUUCAUGAAGUAUUAGAGAUUAUUUUGACAAGUAGAUUUAGGCGAGCUAAACUUUAGAAAGAAAAGAACAAAGGCUUACAUACACCUGAAACUGAAAAGUACUUUUCCUAUAUAUAUAUAUAGGUUUUAAAUGUGAAAUUAGAAAAAAUAUAUAAUUGUAAUCCUGUGUAAUUUAGAUAUUUAGCACUUUAAAGAAUGAAAAAUGAAGGAAACCAAAUAUUUAAGAAUCUGUUCUUAGUUUCAGUAUAAAUCCGUAUGUAUUUAUUUUGUAUGUGACGAACUUGGCCAUGGGAAGUGCUGGGCUGCUCAACUCCUGUUAAAGUUACUGGAAGUUAAGGAUAUUCAGGACAUUAAUGGGAAUGGACCUCCUGUAAUUGUGUUUUGUUUCUGCUGCUUUGGAAGAGAUUUUCUGCGUGCACGCGGCCUGAUCCAAAGCCCUCGAAGUGAUUGGAAAUAUUCCCAUUGAUGUUAGUGAGUUUUAUCUCAGGCUCCUACUGACUAUCAAGCAAGUAGAACAUCUAAGUGAGCUCACUGUGUAUGGACUGCCACACUGCACUUAUAGGGCUUUAACUCUUGCUAGUGUGACAGCUCUGGAUUCUGAAGGGCUAACUUUUGCAAGGAGAAGAGACUAAUUAUUUUGUAGAUGAUGUGAAUUUGGCAGCAUGUCCUGUUCCAUGACACGGACAGCCUAGUCUGUGAGUUUGCCAACUCCCCCAUAUCCUUCAUUACCUCCCUGUGGAUGAGAACAGGCUAACCAUGUUACCUUCCCUCAUAUCACUAGUAAGAAAAGGAGCUGAAAGACAGCAGAAAACACAAUUGUCAUCUAUCAAAAAAAUAAAAUAAAAUAAGUAAUAAAAAUG